AAAGAUCAUUUGCCUUUGGAAAUAAGUAUGCAUCAAAAGAUAAUCGGAGUCUGGAAAUGGGGUGGUUGAAUUUCCAGGAUGGAGAGUAUCACCAAAUACGAACAAAAAAUGGAGGAGGAACAAGACACCUGGCUGCCAAAAAAUUAUGCAACAGUUGAAGAACUUCUUGGUGUUGGGAAGGAGCUGUUUUUCCCAAAAGGCAUUUCUUCAAAAGGGUCUGCAGAUGAAUUUGUUUUUGAAAUUCGUGAAUUUGGUCAAAAUAUUGUGUUGCCAGAAGUCACACUGCGUCAGCUUUAUGAACAGAGUAAAUUACGAAUGUUACGUCUAUAUCUUUGUUCAAAGAAAACAGAUAUUGAUGAGCGGCUAGCCCUUGUCAUUUCUUCAGAUACAGAUUCUGACUUUGUGCCUGAUGGGUCAACCCAGAUCAAGUUGAGAAAGGCCAGUGUAAUGAAAAGAAAACCAAAACUAAGAAAGCAGAACUAUGUUCGAGUUAAUGAAAAGACUGAUGGUGAUUCCCACGGAAACAUAUCUUCAGUUCCUGAGAUGGAUGAAUCACAACACAAAGAGCAGAGUGCGGUCAAUGCAGUAAAAAGGAAAUCAGAAAGAAAGAUGAAGUGGACAGAUAAUAAAGUGCAUGAAAAUUAUGACGGUAGUGGUCAUGGAAGAAUAUCUUCAGAUACUGACCAUGAUGAAUGCCCACAUGAGCAGCUGAGCAGGUUUGUAUCCAGCUCGCCUAUUGAUAAUUCUGACAAACUUGAAAUUGCACUUGCUAUUGACACAUCAUUGGAAGAUCCUGAGAUUCAGUUUGGCAACAUGUAUGAUAACAGUGACAGUCCUCUUAUGUCUAUACUUUCGUGGCAUUUCCCAGAUCAGGAGUUCAUAAUGAAUGAUCAACAAUUGCCUGUGGCUUCAACAGAUGAACCAGCUAGGGAUGAAAGUGUAAAAGAGGUCCAGAAAAUAAAAAUAAGACAUGUAAAUAUAAUUCAGGAUAUGAUGAAUGUUUUCAAGGAACCUAAAGUUCUGGAUGCAAUAAUGCAAAUUGAGUUUGUCUGUGAGAAGGUAAUAGAUGAUGAUGGAGUAUCAAGGGAAGCCUACACAGCCUUUUGGGAGGAGUUUAUGGAACAGUGUGAAGGAGAGGUGGAACGGGUCCCCAGACUCAGGCCAGACUAUUCAGAGAAGGAAUGGCAGGCUGUUGGUAGAAUAUGGUCUAAAGGUUAUGUGGACCGUGGUAUUAUACCUGUCAGACUUUCACAAGCAUUUGUCUUUGCCUGA